GGGACGUGAGGAAGCGCGCAGCCGAGGCCCUCAGGAUGCCUGAGGCCGGGAGCGACGACCAGGACCUCAUGAAAUGGAAGAAGAAGAAGCCGCCGGUGCGCCGCACCGUUAGCCAGAUCUGCCCGCCCCCUCGGCGGCCCCUGACGGUGGCCGACAUCCGCCCGGGCAUGGAGAACGAGAGGCUGGGGGUCGUGCGGGACUCCAUGUUUCAGAACCCGCUCAUCGUCAAGGCUGAGCUGGGCAAGAGCCGGGAGAGAAGCUGCAGUCUGCCUGGCGUCAACUUCAACUAUGGCCUCUACAUCCGGGGGCUGGAUGGCGGGGUCCAGGAGGCCAUCAGCCAUUGGAACGUGUUUAAGCAGCAGCCCACCUGCCCCCAUGAGCUAACCCGCAACUACGUGGCCAUGAACCGCGGAGCGGUCAAGGCCGGCCUGGUGACCGCCCGCGAAAACUUCCUCUACCGCCAGCUCAAUGACAUCCGCAUCGGCGACCAGGAUGACCGACGUGUGAAAAAGGAGCCGCCCUCCCUGCCUCCAGACAUGACAUUCGGGAUCCGGGCCCGGCCCUCGACGCCCUUCUUCGACCUGCUGCAGCACCGCUACCAGCAGCUGUGGGUGCAGGAACAGAAGGCCACACAGAGAGCCAUCAAGCUGGAGAAAAAGCAGAAGGUGACCCUGGGGAAGCUGUACGAGACCCGGAGCAGUCAGCUGAGGAAGUACAAGCCGCCCGUGAAGUUCAACGCCCUCUGGCACAUGCCUCACUUCCAGAAGGUGGCCGCCCAUCUUGACACCUUCCCGACUGAGGCCGACCGUAGGAGAGCAUUCCAAGCCCACCGAGAAGAGUGUGCGGUGCGCCAGGGCACCCUGCGGAUGGGCAACUAUACCCACCCCUGAGCAGCCCUCUCCAGAGGCCAGCGAGACCCUUCUUCCUGCCCCUGCCCCAGCCCCCACCCCAGCCUUCUCCAGCUUCUGCUGCUACUGUUGCUAUUGCUGCCAGAACCCCCAUACAUGGGGCUUCGUGACAGCCUCACCUGGCACAGUGUCCUCUUUCGGGGAUCCCUGAGGGCAGGAGGGGCCUCCCCACCCCCUGAACUGGGCCCUGCUGAUCAGGCGAGCCCACCAUGAGUUGGGGGUGGCGGACCUCCCAGGUCCUCUUUACACCGCCCCAUCUUCCCUGUUUCCUAUUGUUUUAUCCCUACAAAACAGCUGCUUCUGAUUUUCAAUUAAAA